CGCUCUGGACGUGACAGCCCCAUGCCCAAAAUUGCGAUCACGACUCUCUCCCCACUACAUCACUCCUGGACGAGCAUAUCCCGCAUACGCCCUCUUCACCUCUAAUUGAAGCUUGAGAAGCAAUGGCGCUCCUGACGACAAGCGCGCCAGUGAACUACGAGGAGCAGGAAGCUGCCUUCGUGGACUUUCUCAAUAACUUCAAAUCCUCUUCCACCGAGGCUGCAGACCAGCUCCAGGGCCUCAAUCUCAAUGGCGAUGGCGAAGAUGAAGAGUACGACAUGGUCGACGAUUCGGACGACCCCGCGCCGAACGGAGCGCAGGCGCGCAACAAGUCGAAGCUCAAGUACAUGAACCAGUUGCAGGAGGUAGCAAACCGCGAGCGAGACGAGAUCCAGAUAGAUCUGAAUGAUGUGGAAGCAUAUGAGCGGGCUACCUCAGACGACGAACAUAACUACAGGCUAAUCGAGUCAAUCGAGCGCAACGCGCACCACUACAUCGACAUUUUUUCGCGCGCCGUGGACAAGUGCCUGCCGCAACCGACAAGGGAACUCAACUUCAAGGACGAUGUCCUGGACGUGAUCAUGACGCAGCGUUCAAAGCGUAAUGAGAGGAUGCAGGAGCUACAAGGAGUAGAAGACAGCGCGCAGGCUGCGCCAGAGUCAAUCUUUCCGCCAGCCCUCACUCGUCGAUACACUCUCAACUUUAUACCCAGGAUACCCUCAGGUGCCAGCAGUCAACGCAACAUGAAAGCGCUAGCAGUCCGAAACGUCCGAGGAGAGCACCUCGGUCACCUCAUCACAGUUCGAGGAAUCUCAACGAGGGUAUCAGAUGUCAAGCCUGCUGUACAAGUCAAUGCCUACUCGUGCGAUCGCUGCGGUAGCGAAGUCUUCCAGCCUGUAACGACCAAGCAGUUCACGCCACUUGUAGAAUGCCCAUCAGAAGAGUGCAAGAACAACAAGACCAAGGGACAACUAUUUCUGUCCACUCGCGCUUCAAAAUUCCUUCCCUUCCAGGAGGUCAAAAUCCAGGAGAUGGCGGACCAGGUGCCCGUUGGUCACAUUCCUAGGCAAUUGACCAUUCACUGCCAUGGUGCUUUGGUUCGCCAGAUCAACCCUGGAGACGUCAUCGACGUUGCAGGUAUCUUCCUACCAACACCGUAUACUGGCUUCAAGGCAAUUCGCGCCGGUCUACUCACAGAUACAUACCUAGAGGCACAACAUGUCAUGCAGCACAAGAAGGCCUAUGAUGACAUUGUCCUCGCUCAGCCAACUUUGCGAAGAAUGAACGAGCUUGAGAGGACAGGACAGCUGUAUGAGUAUCUAUCGCGCUCCAUUGCGCCAGAGAUCUUUGGCCACGUCGAUGUGAAGAAGGCGCUUCUCCUACAGCUUAUUGGUGGUGUUACAAAGGAAGUCGGCGAUGGAAUGCGCAUCCGUGGUGACAUCAACGUUUGUUUGAUGGGUGAUCCUGGUGUGGCAAAGUCGCAGCUUCUCAAGUACAUCACCAAGGUCGCCCCUCGUGGUGUCUACACGACAGGUCGUGGAAGUAGUGGCGUGGGUCUCACAGCAGCCGUCAUGCGUGAUCCGGUCACCGAUGAGAUGGUCCUUGAAGGCGGUGCUCUUGUCCUGGCUGACAACGGUAUGUGCUGUAUCGAUGAGUUCGACAAGAUGGACGACAGCGACCGAACGGCCAUCCACGAAGUUAUGGAACAGCAGACCAUUUCAAUCAGCAAAGCCGGCAUUACCACUACCUUGAACGCCCGUACGUCAAUUCUUGCUGCCGCCAAUCCUCUUUACGGUCGCUACAACCCUCGCAUCUCUCCGGUUGAGAAUAUCAACCUGCCCGCUGCGCUCUUGUCUCGUUUCGACAUCCUGUUCCUUAUUCUUGAUACCCCCGCGCGAGACUCAGACGAGGAACUAGCGCGCCAUGUCACUUAUGUGCACAUGCACAAUGCUCAUCCAGAAGCUCCAGGAGGCAUUAUUUUCAGUCCCGCAGAAGUACGACAAUGGGUUGCCCGCGCACGAUCAUACCGACCAACUGUGCCAAAGGAAGUCUCAGACUACAUGGUCGGCGCUUACGUACGCAUGCGCCAACAGCAGAAACGUGACGAAGGCUCCAAGAAGGCUUUCACGCAUACAUCACCACGUACACUACUCGGUGUGCUACGUAUUGCACAGGCUUUGGCGCGUCUACGUUUUGCUGAAGAGGUCAUCUCUGAAGAUGUCGACGAGGCUCUGCGUCUUGUUGAAGUCAGCAAGGCCAGCUUGUAUGCCGACGAGAACCGUAGAGACGAUCAUACUCCCAGCAGUAAGAUCUACCACCUCAUCAAAACGAUGGAGGCUAGUGGUGCCGCCGCUGUUGGCGAUGGCACAAGAGGCGAAUUGGACCUACGCAGGGUUAGGGAGAGGGUAUUAGCGAAGGGGUUCACUGCCGAUCAGUUUGAGCAGGCUAUUGAUGAGUAUGCUGGGCUCGAUGUCUGGCAAACUACUGGAGAAGGCACACGACUUGUUUUCAUCGAAGCUGGUAAUGAAGACUUUGACAUGGAUGACGAUGAAUUUUGAGCAAUGCAGGUAGUGGGAACUGGAGUUUCCGGGACCCGGCGUAUUAGGGCGUUGAAUCCGAGCGAUUUUGAGCGUACACCUGGGAUUGUAUGCGAAUGAGGGCGUGUUUGGCCCACAUUAUAAGACAAACAAAACAUUUGCCAUCCACGUAUUGAACGUUGCUUUCGGUGAACUGUCCCCAAUCCAUGUCGCGUG